AUGGCCUCACAACCGUGUCGAAACGCCUUGGCGCGCAGUCGCCACAUCAUCCGCCCCAAGACAUUUGCCCGCAACUUCGCCUUCAAAGACACGGCGCCCCCGACAGAACAGCCCGAGAGCUUCAAUCCCGAGACACGACGACAGCCACGAUGGCAGGCAACGCCCGAGGGCAUGGUAGCCCCCUUUCGCGUUAGAGUGGCCAAGAACCCAGUGAACUCGGAGUGGGCUGUCAACUCGGACCCCAAGGUUCUCGAUGAAUUCUACGAGAGUCUACUCGGACCCGAGGGCCCCAACAUGCUGCCCGAGGAGUUGAAAUGGCUAGCCAUCACUCACAAGAGCUUCGACCAGGCGAAAAGAGGAAAUAAUGAGCGUUUGGCCAUGAUGGGGCGUAUGGCAAUCUACAUGGAGGCCUGCAAGACCACGGUGAACAGCGAGCGCAACCCGAAAUUAGGAGAAGGAGAGGAUGUCCACCCCCAACUGCGAUCCGUGGACAAUCUGCACAUUGAGUCGCCCACCAGUCGUGUCGCGUCGAGCCUGUUAGCAACGGCCCAAAAGACCAAUCUCCUAAUGGUGUUGCGGUGGAAACCGCGACUGACACAAGAUCUUGAGCAAUCAGGCGUCUCGACUAUUUCAUCCCGCGCUGUGCAGGCGAUCGUCGGAGCUAUACUGCUCCAGCAUGGCUCGGAGGUGGCAUCGACAGUGAUUAGGGAGCGGAUAUUGCAGGCCCCACGGCGUUCGGCCGCGUGA